AUGUCCAAGCGAAAAGCAGUACUGAGCCAUGUGCCUCAGGAAUCUAUAGUGGCACCAAUACUAUUUCAUAUCUUCAUCAGCGACACGGGCAGUGGGAUUGAGUGCACCCUCAGCAAGUUGGCAGGUGACCCCAAGCUGAGUGGUGUGGUCGAUUCACUAGAGGGAAAGGAUGCCAUCCAGAGGGACCUUGGCAUGUCGAAGCAAUCCCACCUGGACUACUGCAUCCAGCCUCAGGGUCUCCAGUACAAGGAAGACAUGGAUCUGUUGGAGCGAGUCCAGAGACAUUAUGUGAAGAAUAAAGUUAGUGAGAAAAAUGAGGAGUUAAGGAAGAAAGGCAAAAAUGGAGUUCUGUGGAAACCUACUCAUGACCGAAGCAGCUUGGCAAAGGUGUUGGAAAGCAGCGUGGCAGAAAAGGCCCUGGGGGUCCUGGUGGACACCAAGUCCACCAGGAGACAGCAAGGUGCUCUUGCCCAAAGGGACGACCCUGACCCCGUGCAGCAGUGCACGCCUGUCCCAGCAUCACCCCAGCCGCUGCUCCGCCAGCGCGUGCGGCUGAGCCAGGGCCGUGCGACGAGGAAGAGGGACCUCCUCCUCUUCGGCGACGCCUUGGUCAUCGCCAAGCCCAACUCCCGGGCGCUGAAGGAGCUCUGGCUCAGCGCGCUCCUUGGGCCACCAGAAGGAGUGGAAGGAGCCCGGCUGACCCAGCUGCCCUCCAUCAAGCUCCUGCUGCAGGAGCUGAGCGGCCGCAAUGCCGUGAGUGUCCCUCCUGCCUCCGCUCUGCCCAGCCCCGAGGCUGCUCCAGCCCAGCAUCAGGCUGGUGCAGAGCAGCGGCCACCUCCCGUCCCCUCCGGCGGCAGCAGCGAACGUGGCCUUGGCCCCUCGGCUGCAGGCGGGACCCGCAGGAGGAGGAGGGGGCUGCCCUGGCCCUUCGCACGGCGGCGAGGCAGCUCGGCCGCUGCAGAGGCAGCCGGGCAGUCGGGCUCUGGCGGCAGGGGGGCUCUCUUCGGCCAGCCCCUGGCAGCUCUCUGCAGCCAGGACGGCACGCUGCCCCAGCCCAUCCAGGACCUGCUGGCUCUCCUGGCCGAGCACGGGCCAUCCACGGAGGGGAUCUUCCGGCUGGCGGUCAAGGAGCACGUCUCCCGGGAGCUGAGGGAGGCCCUCGACAGCGGAGCAGAGGUCCACCUCGAAAGCCAGCCUGUGCACGUGCUGGCCGUCCUCCUGAAGGACUUCCUGCGGAAGAUCCCCUCUAAGCUCCUCGGGGCAGAGCUGUACGAGGAGUGGAUGAGCGCCCUGCAGAAGACCAGCAGGCAGGAGAAGCUGGCAGCACUCAGGGAGGUGGCCGGCAAGUUGCCCCAGGCCAACCUCCUGCUCCUCAAGAGCUUGCUGUCCCUGCUGCAAAGGAUCAGCAGAAACGCGGCCAGCAGCAGGAUGACUGCCGGCAACCUGGCCAUCUGCGUGGGGCCGAACCUGCUCAGCCCACCCGAGGAGCAGACGCUGCCCCUGGACGCCCUGGUGCAGGUGACGGGGCAGGUGCCUCCAGUCGCUGCAGAAAGCCAACACCUGAAGAGCUCCUCUGGGGAGAGAAGGUAAAAUGAGCUCGCUUUGAUUAAGAGCAGGAGUGGUUCAAGUUUG